GUCGCCAUAAGUUUUGAUUUUGGGUUUUCUUCAUGGAAAAGGAGUAUUGUCGUCCGGGGUUUGAGUUGGAGGAUUCGAUUCGAGGCGGCGGGGAUGGCGGGGAACGAGUGGAUAAAUGGAUACUUGGAGGCGAUUCUGGACAGCGGCGGCGCUGUGGCGGACGACCAGAAGGUGUCCUCGCCGGUGAGCGUGAGAGAUGGCGGCGGUGGCGGGCAUUUCAAUCCCAUCAAGUAUUUCGUGGAGGAGGUGGUUACCGGCGUCGACGAGACAGAUCUCCACCGGACGUGGAUCAAGGUGGUGGCGACUCGCAACUCGCGGGAGAGGAGCACGAGGCUCGAGAACAUGUGCUGGCGCAUCUGGCACCUCACUCGCAAGAAGAAACAGUUUGAAUGGGAGGAUGCUCAAAGGUCGGCAAAUCGUAGAAGGGAACGGGAGCAGGGCCUGCGAGAUGCAGCAGAGGACAUGUCCGAAGACCUCUCAGAGGGGGAGAAAGGCGACACAGUAGCCGAAAUGGUGCCAUGCGAGACACCGAGGAAAAAAUUUCAGAGAAACUUCUCCGAUAUCCAGCUCUGGUCGGAUGACGAUAAAGAGAAGAAACUCUACAUCGUACUCAUCAGCUUGCAUGGCCUUGUUCGGGGUGAAAACAUGGAAUUAGGAAGAGAUUCAGAUACAGGUGGUCAGGUGAAAUACGUAGUGGAGCUUGCUCGAGCUCUAGCGAUGACGCCGAGGGUCUACAGGGUCGAUCUCUUCACUCGUCAAGUAACGUCUCCCGAUGUAGACUGGAGUUACGGGGAGCCGACGGAGAUGUUAACCUCACGUACCCACGAUCAUAAUGGAAAUCAUGUCGGAGAGAGUGCUGGAGCUUACAUUAUACGCGUACCUUGUGGUCCGAGGGAUACGUAUCUUCGGAAAGAACUGCUUUGGCCUUAUCUACAGGAAUUCGUAGAUGGAGCUUUAGCUCACAUUCUCAAUAUGUCGAGGGUGUUGGGGGAGCAGAUCGGCGGGGGGCAACCUGUUUGGCCUUACGUGAUUCACGGCCAUUAUGCCGAUGCCGGUGAUGUGGCUGCUCUGCUUUCAGGCGCACUGAACGUUCCCAUGGUUCUCACGGGCCAUUCGUUGGGGAGGAACAAACUGGAACAACUUCUGAAACAGGGGAGACAGUCCAAGGAGGAUAUCGACGCCACGUAUAAGAUAAUGAGGCGAAUCGAAGCAGAGGAGCUCUCCUUGGACGCAGCUGAGCUUGUCAUAACGAGCACUGGACAAGAGAUCGAUGAGCAGUGGGGUCUUUAUGAUGGUUUCGACGUCAAACUCGAGAGGGUGUUGAGAGUCCGAGCUAAACGGGGAGUCAACUGCCAUGGGCGACACAUGCCGAGAAUGGUGGUUAUCCCUCCUGGUAUGGAUUUCAGUAGUGUAGCGAUCCAGGAAGAUACAGCUGAUGUUGAUGGAGACUUAGAUCUUACUGGUGCAGACGAGGCUUCGCCUAGAUCGCUUCCACCUAUAUGGUCCGAGGUUAUGCGUUUCUUUACAAAUCCUCACAAACCGAUGAUCUUGGCUUUAUCGAGACCAGACCCUAAGAAGAACAUCACCACCCUUCUGAAAGCUUUUGGAGAAUGUCGUCCGCUGCGAGAGCUUGCUAAUCUCACAUUGAUCAUGGGAAAUAGAGAUGACAUAGAUGAGAUGUCUAGUGGCAAUGCUAGUGUUCUCACAAUGGUGUUGAAAUUGAUCGACAAGUAUGAUCUCUACGGACUCGUGGCUUACCCUAAGCAUCACAAGCAAUCCGAUGUUCCUGACAUAUACAGACUUGCUGCAAAAACAAAGGGGGUUUUCAUAAACCCAGCUCUAGUAGAACCUUUUGGACUUACCUUAAUCGAGGCUGCUGCUCAUGGACUCCCAAUGGUGGCCACCAAAAAUGGAGGACCUGUAGAUAUUCAUGGGGCCUUGCACAACGGACUACUCGUCGACCCUCAUGAUCAGAGGGCUAUUGCUGAAGCACUACUGAAGCUGGUCUCAGAGAAGAAUCUGUGGCAUGAAUGCAGGAAAAAUGGGUGGAAGAACAUCCAUCUCUUCUCAUGGCCUGAGCAUUGCCGAACUUAUCUUUCUAGAAUAGCCGCUUGCAGGAUAAGACAUCCACAAUGGAAGACAGACACUCCGACAGAUGACACCGUCCUCGACGAGGAAUCAUUCGGAGACUCUCUGAUGGAUGUCUACGACUCAUCUCUUCGGCUUUCCGUCGACGGUGAGAGAAGCCUUUUAGGCACUUCGCUGGGGCAUGAUCCUACUGAGCUAGAGAAAGUUGCACAAGAACAUAACGACCCCGAGAUGCAGGAUCAAGUGAGAAGAAUCCUGAGCAAGAUAAAGAACCAAACACCCAAACCGCAGGCCACCGAUAACAUCGAUAAGCAAAAUAAGAUUGCAGGGAAUUCUAGCAAUAAGUAUCCACUUCUCCGAAGGCGCAGAUGGCUAUACGUGAUAGCUGCUGAUUGUUACGAUAGCAAUGGAGCUCCUGAGAAGAAAAUGUUGCAGGUGAUACAGGACCUCUUCAAGGCUGUAAGCUCAGAUGCUCAAAUGUCGAAGAUCUCGGGUUUUGCUCUCUCGACAGCGAUGCCUAUUUCUAUGGUUCUGAACUUGUUGAAGUCGGGGAAGAUUCCGGCCACAGAUUUUGAUGCUCUGAUAUGUAGCAGUGGAAGUGAAGUUUAUUACCCAGGCACCGCUCAGUGCACAGAUGCAGAAGGAAAGCUGUGUGCCGACCCUGAUUAUGCCACACACAUCGAGUACCGCUGGGGAUGCGACGAUGUCAAGAGGGCAUUGCUAAAGUUGAUGAACUCGUCUACUACCAUCAUAGAGGAGGAUUUCGAGUCGAGGAAUGCCUACUGUAUAUCAUUUAAGGUUAAAGAUCCUACUCAGGCAAAUACUGUCGAGGAUCUCCGUCAGAAGCUUAGAAUGCGCGGCCUGCGAUCCCAUAUUAUGUAUUGCAGGAACUCUACCAGGUUGCAGGUUGUUCCUCUGCUGGCAUCAAGGUCUCAAGCACUCAGGUACUUGUAUGUCCGCUGGGGUCUAAAUGUUGCUGACAUGUAUGUGAUUCUGGGAGAAAGAGGUGAUACAGAUCAUGAAGAGCUUAUAUCGGGAUAUCAUAAAACAGUGAUCAUGAAAGGGAUUGUGGGGAAAGGAUCAGAUGACCUGCUAAGAAGUGCUGGAAGCUACCAAAAGGAAGAUACAGUUCCGAAGGAAAGCCCCUUCAUUACUUAUGCGAACGAUGGAAUCGCGGCCGACGAGCUGAUGAGAGUGAUAAGACAAGCAUCCAGAAACACGCCCGGAAUGUGAUCAGAGGAGAAGGAAGACUUCCCCUUCCUCUAUUUCCUUCCGUUUGCCUUUCUUUGAUUUGCAAUAAGACGCCUCAGUAUUAGUGGCUUUGGUUGCAUUCUAAACGAGUCGAAUUCGUGUUUGCGAUCGACUUCGGAACACUUGUAUUCGAUCGACUCGUUGUAGUCCUUAGUGAGCUUCUGUUGGUCGCAUGAAGAUCACUAGAGUAUUGCUUUUGUGCUAUUUCAACUCAAGCCGCACAAGGCAUUCUUCCUCUA